UUGCUCAUAUUACGAGGUUAGUUUGGUUUUGAUGAAAAGAGUCGGAUGACAACUUGAAAAAUCACACACGAUGAAAAGAAAUACAAAAACAGAAUUGAAUUGUUUUAAUUUAAAAUCGUGAAGUUUUAAACAAAUAAAUCUUAUUGUUUUGUUGAGUGAUCAAAAGAUCUGAAUUUUUCAUGAUUCUCAAAGAUUUGCAAAAUAAGGGUUUUUGAAAUAUAAAAAAGUUUAUUGUUAGACUACAUUGUUGUUUAUUUGAUAAGAUUUAACAAACAUUUUUGGCGAACAAUAGAAAAGUCAGAAUUCUAAGAUCAAACUGUUAUUCGAUCAGAAAAUGAUGUUUUUUUUGUGUCUCGUUGAAAAUGAAACCGUUCAAUCAUUAUUUCUCUCGCAUCAUCAUCAUUUUCAUUUUCAAAUAAAUAGAAAAACGUCACCUAUAUACGACCUUGUCAUCAAUAAUACCCCAAAAAACAUAGAACAAUAUUUUUCAGGAUUAUGCGAUCGUGCAUGUAGCCGAAAUACAUGUUUAAAUGGCGGAACAUGUACAGUUAAUGACGAAACACGCAUGUUUCAAUGCGAAUGUCCGCUUGGAUUUAGCGGUUUAUUGUGUCAAGAUAAUUGCUCACUUCAUUGUGUUUAUGGAAGUUGUGUGAAGGGCACAUUUGGUGACGAGCAAUGUCAAUGUUUUGAUGGUUUGUGUUUUGACAUUAGCCUUCGAUAAUUAGCUUGGCAUCAGGAGUAGAGAGAAUUUACCUCGGGUUUUUUUUCUUACAAAAUAGCUCAAUAUUAAUAUUUUUUGAAACAUGAAAUCUUUUUUUUUCAAAAGACCUUUGAGGGAAAAAAAACUGAAUUUAAUCUGCGACCUCCGCCUCAUCUUCCUAAAGUCUAGUGGCUAUCAAAACAAAAAUAUUUUUCUAGGAUGGAUGGGAUCACUUUGUGAUAAAUCAGUUGAUGAAGAAGAGACUUGUCAUCCGGUUUGUGGAAUAAAUGAGAUUUGUGGAAAAAGAGAUGGCAAAUUUGUUUGUGAAAGUACAAUUCCAAUUUGUGAUUGUCAAAAUAAUGGAACUUGUGUCACAGAAGGAGUGAGUUAUAAAACUAUUUUCAUUAAAACAUCUGAAAAUUUUCAGUCUGAUUUCAAAUGUGAUUGUACUUCUGGUUUCACCGGACAAGCUUGUGAGCAAGAUGUGAAUGAAUGUGAAUUUUCUGAUAGUUGUAAGAACGGCGGAAUUUGUGAAAAUCUUUACGGAAGUUUCAAAUGUCAAUGUGCUGAAGGAUUUUCAGGUAUGUUUUUACAAACCAUGAAUAGAAAAUUAUGAAAAAAAAAACACUGUUCAGGUCGUAUUUGUGAUAAAGUAAUUAUCAAAGCGUGUCCUCUAAACUAUUGUGAAAAUCAAGGAGAAUGCAGUUCUUCAGGAAUGAAACUCAUUUGUAAUUGUCCACCAGGAUUUGUUGGCGAAAGGUGUGAACAAGCGAAUUUCCCCGACACAUCAACAAAAGCAAAUGAAGAGAAACCGCUUUGUAAAUGCGAUAAUCCUCUACACGAAUGUCAAAUGAUCAAUGGUACACCAAAAUGUGCCUGUCCAGCUGGAUGGGUUGGUGAAAAUUGUGACCAACAAAAACUUCGGCCUUGCGAUAAGAAACCGUGUGAAAAUGAUGGGCAUUGUGUUGAUGAUGGGCAAAAUCUUUUCACCUGUUUUUGCUUACCUCAAUGGACUGGAGAUAGUUGCAGUGAACCAGUUGAAUGUUUAGUAAACGGGAGAACCUGCGAGAAUGGUGGAAAGUGCGUUUUUUCGAUCACAGCUAGAACAAGUUGUGAAUGUGAAGAUGGUUUCGCUGGAGAAAACUGUGAAAAAUCAACAAAUUUGGUAACAACAACUUCGCCAACGUGUAGUGAUAUCAGAUGUCAGAAUGGAGGUUGAUUCAAUAAUAUUUUUUGAAUUAGUAAUAUCAAGAUUAUUUUCAGGUUCUUGCAAAAUGUUAGCAUCUGGCGAAGCAACUUGUGAAUGUUUGGAUGGAUUUGAACCACCACUUUGUGAACCAAAAUCUGCAUGUUCUAUAAAUCCUUGUAAAAAUGGUGGAACUUGUCAAGACGCAGACGGACAAUAUUUCUGCCACUGUGAGAAUGGUUUUGAAGGUGUUCAUUGCGAAUCUUUCGCUGAAUUGACAACUUCAACCGUUUCUCCAACUUCAGCAGUCCUAGAGCUGCCAGAGGAAAACGUGAGUUGCUUAUUUUCGGUUUUUUUUCCUCAAACAAACUUUUUUCAGGAUCUGACUUGUGAUGAUUGUCAGAAUGGUGCAAACUGUUUGGAUGCUGAAACUGGACCACUAUGUAUUUGCCCAAAUGGAUUUUUCGGAAGCAAGUGUGAUCAGAAAUAUAAUGUGAGUUGAUUUGUGAAAAGUGGUUCUCAUCCCAAUUAUUUUUUUCAGAAAUGUUCAAGCAUGACUUGCCCAACUGGUCAAAACUGUGUUCAUCAAUUUACUGGCUCUCAAAACAUAUCAGCUCUUUGCAGUUGUAAUACUGGACGUUUUGGGAAAUCUUGUGAGCUUGAAACAAGCGCUACUUUUGCUUCCAAAAGUUUAUACAUCCACCAGAGCUCAAAAUUCUCAUUAGGAACUUCGUCAUAUGACAAAUUAUCAUAUGAACUUGAAUUCUCUUUCCGAACCACUGUUGAAAAUACACAUUUAGCAAGCAGUGAGAAUAUUUUGGGCGAAAAGAUUCUCUCAAUUCAUUUAUCAAAUGGUUUUCUGAUUUUUAAUAUAUCUGGUGAGAAUUUCGAUGGUAUUCCAAUGAAAAUGAAUGAUGCAAAAUGGUAUUUAAUUGAAGUGAAAAGUCAAGAAAAUGUGAGUUUUUCUUCAAUUUGCAAAACAAUCUUCUAAUGUUUUUCCUUUAUAGAAACUCGAGGUUGAAGUCAAGACAGAAUAUGGAUUUUCUUUGAUGAGGAAACAAAUUCCUGUAGGAUUGGAAGUAUUUUUGACAAGAUUUGGAAAGAUUUCGGCAUCAAAUUAUUUUAUCGGAUGCUUAGCUGAUGUUCGAGUUGAUGGAGAAUUGAUAAUCUUUUCCGAUAAUCAAAGAGCUGUCGAAAUUCGAAAAGGUUGUACAAGAAGUGAGCAAUGUUCUCGAGAUUAUUGUCAAAAUGGUGGAGAAUGUGUUGAUCAUUGGGAAAGUUCAAGUUGUAAAUGCAAAGCGCCAUUUCUCAAACCCACCUGCAUUCAUUCGUUACCAAAAACCACAUUUGGACAUUCAGACCAGCCAUCAAUUGUGCAUUUAAGGUAAAUUUACUCAAGACCCUAAUACAUUGUCUAUAAUUAUCUCAUCCGUUUUCUUCAGCACAAGUGAGUCGGAAAACCACCUGCUACGUAAUGAGAUCGAUUUGAGUUUUCUAAUGCGCUCGAGAAAAUCGGAUGCAUUUUUGUUGUAUUUGGGAGAGAAACAACAGCAGACACAGCAACCGAAUAGUGCAGAUGUUUUAACUAAUUAUCUCGUUGUCAAGAUUGUCGGUGGACUAGUGACAGGUAACUAAAAUGAGACAUAAGAAAAGAAAGAGGACGGGAAAGGAUUAACUGUAUUAUUUUUCAGCGCGUUAUCGAACGGGAGGACGGAAAGAAUUAGAAAUAUCAAGUAAAAAUCGAGUUGAUGACAAUAUUGAACAUCACAUCAAUAUUCGAAUUGAUAGAAAUCGAAGACAGAUCAAAAUUGAUGAUUUAGUUGAAACUGAUGAAAUCAUAUUUUCAAGAAUGUCUCAAGAAUUUUUCGUUGAUGAAAUUCUUAUCGGAUCAUCUGUUGAUACUGAUGCUGAUUAUUUCAAGGGAUAUCUUCAAGAUUUGCAAAUUAAUCAGAAGUCUGUGAUGAUUCAUCCAACAACUUUGAAUGUUGAUUCAUUUGGAAAAAUUGAACGGGUCACUAAUAUUAUUGAAGGUGCAAUUUCUGAUUCAGUGUGCAAUAACUCACUUUGUAAAUAUGGAGAGUGUCUUGAAAACUUCAAUGAUUUCACAUGUAAAUGCUCGGAAGGUUUCACUGGCCCACUAUGCGAUAAAAUUGAUUUCUGCAAAGAUUCAAAGUGUCUAGAAGGCUCAACUUGUGAAAAUUCCAAUCUUGGAUACUAUUGUACGUUAUUUUUUUUUCUAUUUUUUUCACUAUCAAGUCAUAUUUUUCAGGUGUCUUCCCGAUUAGUUUAUCAAACAAUAGUCGAAUCAAAUAUGGAUUAUCGUCGAGAAGUAAAAUUCCACAAAUGAAUUUUUCAAUCAGAACACAUUCUAUAAAUGGAAACAUUUUUAAAUUGAACGAUUUGAUUGUGAAAAUUGUUAAAAGAAGAUUGCUCAUUUCAAACAUGAAAAUCGAUUUGAUAGUUUCUGAUGGAAUUUGGCAUCAAGUUCAAAUUUCUCCUCAUAAAGUUAUUGUCGAUGGAAAAUCAUUUGGUGAGUGAAUGUAGAUAUGAUUUCAUUAACUUGAAGAUUUUUCAGUCUCUCAAACCCAGCUUUAUACUCAAGAGAAGAAACUCGAAUCUAUAUUGCUUAUUGGUGAUAAUGAUCCAAUUAUUGGAUGUAUUGAUGGAUUUGUAAUUGGAGAUUAUCCGAAACUCUCCUUCACAAAACAGAAAAUCCCAACAUCUGUAGAAACCUGGAUGAUGUUGGAAAAAACAUCAGUUGGUACUGGAUGUUUGUCUUCAAAUCAAUGUGGAAUUUAUUCAACUUGUUUGAAUGGCGCAACUUGUGUAGAUGCUUGGAACAAACGAAAAUGCCAAUGUUUGCCUGGAUUUGGAGGAGAUAAUUGUGAGAUUAACAUCAAUGAAUGUCAAUUUAUGGAUUGUGGAAAACACGGAUACUGUAGCGAUUCUAUCAAUAGAGCGAAAUGUGUUUGUGAUCAAGGUUUCAGUGGGGAUUACUGUCAAAUUUCUGAUGACGAAUGUGAAGGUAUCAAAUGCCAUAAUUCUGGUCGAUGUGUGAAAAAUGAUAAUAAUGCAGUUUACUGUAAAUGUACAUCAGAAUGGAUGGGUCAAAAUUGUAAUAUUUCGAUGACAAAUACUUGUGAUAACUCACCUUGUCAAAAUGGUGGACAAUGUUUGCAAAAGACUACUGUAAGUUUUUCAAUACCAAAAGUAGAAUUAAUUUUAAAAAACCAAAUCAUUUUUAGACGAGCUUUGAAUGCAGUUGUAUGCCUGGAUUUAUUGGGGAAUUAUGUGAACACAAUUUGGCAAAUGACUGUGAUCAUAAAGAUUGUAACAGAGGUCAUUGUGUUAUGACAGUUAGCGGACCAGCUUGUCAAUGUGAUUUUGGAUACACUGGAAGAUUCUGUGAAAAACUACUGAACUCUUGUUCGAGCAACACUUGCAGCUCAAGAGGAUCUUGUUUAUCUGUUUGGAACUCUACAGUCUGCCAGUGUGAUGAGAAAUGGCGAGGAAACACUUGUCAACAUCCAAUAAAUUCUUGCUCCGAAUUCCCAUGUCAAAAUGAUGGCGUUUGUUCAAACGAAGAAAAUGAUGAAAGUAAUUACAAAUGCAAUUGUCAAAAAUAUUAUCUUGGCAAAAAUUGUGAGCAAGAAGGAAGUUGUUUGAGAGCAUCUUGUGUUAAUGGAGAAUGCAUACAAUUAUCAGCUGAUCAUCAUACUUGUAGCUGUAAUAUUGGUUAUGAAGGCGAUUCUUGUGAUGUAAGUUCCAAAUAAAUACACUCCUCUUACAUAAUCAAUUGAUUUUCAGAAACGAAUUGAUUACUGUAAAAAUGGUCCUUGUAUCAACAACGGAAUCUGCGAAAAUCAGUUAACUGGUUAUAAAUGUCAAUGCCCAGCUGGAUUCGAAGGCUCAGACUGUGAAAUCAAUAUUGAUGAAUGUGCUCUAGGAUACUGUAAAAAUGGUGCGAAAUGUCGUGAUAAGAUAAAUGAUUUCGAAUGUAUUUGUGAUAACACAGGAUAUCAAGGUGAGUUGAAGAUCAAUUUAAGAAGGGCUGGUUCAUUUUGAAUAUUCACAUAAUCCCCGUUUCUAGGAAGAAAUUGUACAAUCGAUAUCAAUGAAUGUGAAAGUGCUGACAGUUGCCUGAACGGAGAAUGUUCAAAUACUCUUGGAGGAUAUAAAUGUGCAUGUCGCAGCAAUUUCAUUGGCCCCCGAUGCUCCUUAAGAAAUCCUUGUUCAGCUCAAAUCACAUCGAAUAAUAUUUCUAGUAUUUCCUGUGUUCAUGGAAAAUGUGUCAAUCCAGUUGUCAAAGUGAGUUCCUCUUACUAGAAUUAAAAUAAUUUAAUUAAAAACAAUAAAAAUAUUUCAGAUUGAAAAUAACCGCGAAGUUGCGAGAUACGAAUGUGCUUGCGAUCGUGGAUAUACUGGCCCUAAUUGUUCUCAAAAAAUCAAAGAAGCUGCAAUGUCAAAUAUCAGUUAUCUAUUCGGCCCAAUUGUUGCAGUUGUGAUAGUUUUUAUAAUUCUUGGAUGUCUUUUAUUGUUUUUCGUUAUUCGUGGAAACAAUUCAAUGCAUGGUCAUUAUAGCCCAAGUUCACAUGAAUUUAGUCAAACAAGAGUUGGAAUGCCGACAGUUAUUAAAUUACCACCUCAAGAAAGAUUAAUUUAG